AUGGCGGGCGAAAAGCUCACUUCCACCAUGAGAGGAACAGAAUACGAUUCCCACAUUUCUCUCAUGCGGCGAAAAGAGUAUCCCUCGAUGUUCCAGCAUGCAGGUGAAGCUCUCUACCUCGACCAUGCGGGGACCACGCCUCCCAGUGCUACGCUCCUAUCUUCUUUCCACACGGACAUGCUCGCAAACUUGUAUGGAAAUCCUCACUCCACCUCUCCAUCGAGCAUGCGAUCUACCCAGGUCAUUGAGAGUGUCCGCGUGCAAGCUCUGAACUUUGUAGGCGCAGAUCCAGAAAUGUUCGAUCUAGUGUUCACGAGCAACACCACAGCGGCGAUCAAGCUUGUGAUGGAAGCUAUGCGAGAGCAGAAGGGCGGAUUUUGGUUCGGGUAUCAUGUUGAUUCACACACUAGUGUCGUUGGUGUCAGAGAAGCCGCACGAGAGCAUCGCUGCUUUGAAUCAGAUUCUGAGGUUGAUGAAUGGUCGAGAGGAUCGCUUGGCGGCAUUGGGCUAUUUUCCUAUCCUGCUCAGUCCAAUCUGAAUGGACGUCGGCUGCCGUUAACGUGGCCUGCCAGGAUUCGAGGCUCGGAUGAGGAGAGAAAAUUGUACACUCUUUUGGACGCUGCCGCCUUUGCCGCCACCUCACCGCUUCGACUUGGUGAAAUGGAAGCUGCGCCGGACUUCACUGUGUUGAGCUUUACGAAGAUUUUUGGAUUCCCAGAUCUUGGAGCUUUGAUCGUGCGAAAGGAUGCGGGCCAUAUUUUCCGUGGACGACGAUACUUUGGUGGCGGAACGGUUGACAUGGUGGUCUGUGUAAAAGAGCAAUGGCACGCAGUCAAAUCCGGCUCGUUGCAUGAGCAGCUUGAAGAUGGCACGCUACCAUUUCACAGCAUCCUGGCCCUCGAGUCUGCAUUUUCUUCACAUGAACAGUUGUUUGGUUCAUUGAGCUGUGUGGCCGCACAUACCUCUGCCAUCGCUCAGGAACUUUAUCAGCGAAUGCUCAUGUUGCGGCAUAGGAAUGGCAACCCUGUCUGUAGGAUCUACAAGGAUUCGCGGUCUACAUACGGGAGUGGGAGUACACAAGGUCCAACAUUGGCUUUCAAUUUGCUGGACUCUGAUGGUGAAUGGAUCAGUAACAAUGAUGUUGAAAAGCUGGCUACUGUUAAAAACAUCCACCUCCGCACUGGCGGGCUCUGCAACCCCGGCGGUGUGGCAAAGCACCUUGGCCUUGCACCUUGGGAGAUGCGAGAAAACUUUUCCUCGGGUUGGCGAUGCGGAGGUGGGGAUGACAUUAUAAAUGGGAGACCCACAGGCGUCAUUCGAGUAAGUUUUGGUGCAAUGAGUACGUCUUCUGAUGCGGCUCGGUUUGCGGACUUUUUGAACGAGUUCUUUGCGGACAGGAGCUCKCCUGUGUGUUCAUCCGCUUUACCCUCUCCAAUGUUGGUGGAGGACGGCUCGCCAAGAUUCUAUGUGGAAAGCCUGACGAUCUACCCCAUUAAAAGCUGCGCGGGCUGGAAUGUUCCGAGUGACACGAAUUGGGACAUCCGGCGGGAGGGACUGAUMUGGGAUCGAGAGUGGUGCGUUGUCAAGACUGGGACGGGUGCAGCGCUCAGUCAAAAAGCGCAUCCUAAGAUGGCCCUGAUCAGACCUGUAUUGGACUUUCGAGCUGGACUCUUGAGAGUCAGACUAGUGGGAAGCGAGGAUGAAGUUACAGUCCCCCUGUCGAAAGACCCACGCCACUUUGCCACAAAGGACUACAAAUCCUGUGAUGCCACUGUCUGUGGAGAGAAUAUUGUAGCAAAAGUCUACACGUCUCCCGCGAUCGCUGGUUUCUUCACGCGAGCGAUCGGUGUAUCUUGUACGCUUGCACGGUUCCCCGCUUCCACUUCGACGGCCACAGAUGUUAGGCAUAGUAAAGGCCAUCUCCGGCGAUCUGGUACAGAGCAGGCGCGUCGACCGAUACUUCUCAGCAAUGAAUCGCCCAUUCUGACAAUUUCGCACUCCUCCCUCAAUCGCCUUAACGAGACGAUCAAAGCGGCGGGCGGUAAAGCUGUUCCUCUCGCAGCAUUUCGCGCGAACAUCGUGCUGGCGGAGAGUCCUUUCCUCUCGCCAGGACAGGAACAACCUUGGAAGGAAGACAGCUGGGAAGGGAUGCGGUCUUCUUCAGGUACGGAGUUUGCAUUUCUGGGAGGCUGCCGGCGCUGCCAGAUGGUAUGUGUGGAUCAGGAGAGUGGGGAGAAGAAACAGGAGCCUUUUGUCAGUUUGGCGAAGACAAGGAGGUUUCCAGGUGGAAGGAUUCUGUUUGGAGUCCAUACCGCUUUGGCGCGUGAUGAUGAAGGUGGGAAGAUUAGGGUUGGAGAAGAGAUGAAGACUUGGUGA